AUGAAGGAAAGAUUCGUCGACAAUGCCCUCACUGUCACUGUGCGGGAUACCGAGAUUCCCGCCCCGCAGCCGGGCCAGCUGCUGAUCCGCGUGGUGGUGUCUGGCACCAACCCCAAGGACUGGAAGUUGCCCCACUGGUACCCAGAUGUCGUAUUGAACCAGGGUGAUGAUCCAGCAGGUUAUAUUGAGGCCGUGGGUGAAGGUGUACUCGGAUUUAGGAAAGGAGACAGGGUGGCCGGUUUCCAUCAGAUCUUGACCCCUCAUGGGAGCUAUGCCGAGUAUGCGAUCGCCUGGGCGCACACAACCUUCCAUGUACCAGAAAAUAUAAGCCUCGAGGAGGCGGCGACCAUUCCCCUUGCUGCAUUCACCGCGGCGGCCUCGUUCACUUCCCUUCGAUUUCAAGUGCACUUGAAAUCACAGCCCCGACUCUACUCGUUGACCCCUAUCUAUAAACCAAUAUGGAGCUUGAACACGCUGGCACACAAGAAACCUCUCUAG